AUGCAUUUUCUCAUCCCAGUUGUCCUCGCCCUCCUCCCUGCCACUGCCUACAGCCAAGACACGACCUCUGCAGCGGCCAGCUCCAUCGCCAGCAACAUGGAUUCCAUUAUCAGCAGCGCCGUCUCAUCAACAAUGACAGAUACAUCCGCCGUCAGUGUUGCAACCACUACCCCAACUGACGGUGAUGCUACUGAAACAGCCACCAUGACCGACAUGGCCAGCCUAUCCUCCUUCACCUCUGCCGCCGCAUCAAGCAUCUCCAGCGAGUUGAGCAGCCAACUCGCCAGCGUUACGUCAGAAGCCACCGGCGCCAUGUCCAGUGCCAUUUCGAGCAUCGAAUCAUUGGCAACCUCGGCUGCGAGUCAAGCUGGAGCGAAUGCGACGGCCGCUGCUCCUCCUCGAGCGACUGCGGGUCUUGUGGGUGCGGGCGGUGCUGCGUUGUUGGCUGUCGCUGCUUGGUUGUGA